AUGGAAGCUUGUCACUCUUCACAGCAAUCCAAUGUCACUUCAUAUGGGGUCAUGGCUUUCGCCAUCAUCUCCCUGGAGGUGUUUGCUGGCGUGUGGAUAAAUGCUUUUAUCAUUUGUGUGCUUUGCAUUGCCUGGGUCAAAAAGAAAACACUGAACUCAAAUGAGAAGAUCUUGCUGCUGCUGGGAUGCUCCAGGAUUUCCUUUUUGUGCUUCUCAUGGGUAAACUACUUCCUUUCAAUAAUUUGUCCCAAUUACCUUUAUGUUCGCCCGAUAUUUCAAGUACUUGCAUCUUCCUUAACCUUUUUUAAUUAUUCCAGCUUGUGGGUUUCAGCCUGUCUUUGUGGUUUCUACUGCAUAAAAAUUGCCAAUUUCAGGAACCGGUUCUUCAUCUACCUGAAAGUAAAAAUUGACAGGAUGGUGCCCUGGCUCUUGUUGGGGUCAGAGAUUUUAGCCUUGGCAAGUUGCAUUGUUAUCUAUGACAUCGCUGAAAUUCUGCAGAGUGGCAACUUCACUUUCACCUCCCAAGAAAAUUUUUGGGAAGCAAGAAUCACAACAGAUAAACAUUUUUUCUCAUCUUUGUUUCUUGCUGGCUUUGGAUAUGCUGCUUCAUUCAUGGCAGUCAUCUUUUCUGCUGUUUUCCUUCUCUUUUCUCUCUGGAGACACAAGCGCAAGAUGCAGACAAACUCCAUGAAGGACCUCAGCGUGGAUGCCCACAUCAGAGCCAUGAAAUCUGUUCUCUCCUUCUUAGUGAUGUACAGCAUCAACUUUGUAUGUUUGGUCUUAACAAUAAUUUAUUCCAUGAAGAGUGAAAAUACCAUGAUACUUCUUAUAUCCAUAUAUCUGUGUGCUUUUCCAGAUAUUCAUUCCCUUAUUCUGGUUUUCAGCAAUCCCAAGCUGGAAAAGGCACUGCUGAAGAUUCUCUCCUAUGUAAAGUGCAAGUUUUCCACAAAGUAG